GUCAAUUAUAUUUCUUUCUUCCUUAUAAUAGACGAGACAAAACAAGGAAGCAUGGCUAACUUGAAAAACGCUCUUGUUUUCAACUUUUGCGUUUUCUGCCUGAGUAGCGUAGUCGCUUUCGUCGAUGCCAACUUGAUUUCCAGCUUUUUACGCUUCAAGCAUUUGGAUCGCAACAUCGUAUUAACUUGUUUUACGAAAACAGAUCGCGCAGAUUUAAGACGAAAAUUGAAUAACAGCACAGAUGUCAUGGUUUCUGUUUUAGACUUACGGGAAUUUAACUUUAUCAAUUCCGUAGUCGUAAAAUAUAAAUUGGGCGUCGUUUUAGACGGCGAUUGUCGAUCAUCGAGAAGUCUUCUUCUUAAGUGUAAGAGAUACAAGUGCUUCGAUUCCACACAUUAUUGGUUCAUUCUGCGCACGUCCAACAACUAUGCCGAUCUUCUAAGAAAUGUUUACUUGAACAUCGAUUGCGACGUGAAGGUCGCUUACCCGAAGGAGUCAAACAAUUUUCCGCGAGGUUAUGUUAUCGAUGACGUUUACAAUCCCGCGUCGGAUAGAGGGGGAGAGUUGAAAACUCGCGCGGUCGGCAGCUUCGAUACGUCACACGGAUAUCACGUGACGGAACUCGGCAACAAGUACUUUGUCAGAAGGAAUUUGACUGGGGUCACUUUUAAAACUGUCAUCGUGCUACCGGAAGCAUUUAAAGGUACGCUGGAGGAUUACCUGUUGAGCGACAGAGACAUCCAAAUAAACACAUUCAACAGGUUCCACUCGCGACUCCUGCAUUACUGCAGUGACUAUCACAACUUUAGUAUGGAUAUUGUGGUGGACAAAUCGUGGGGCUAUCUUCAGUCGGAUGGGACGAUGGACGGUUUAGUAGGAGACUUGGAAAGGCGCAAAAUCGACUUCGGACUUUCCCCGCUUUUCGUGAAGGUGGACAGAGCCAAAUACGUAUUCUACGGGCGGAAAACUUGGAACUUAAGGGCAGCGUUCAUUUUCCGGAACCCCAGGUCGAGGAAAUCUUAUCAGAUUUUCAUUAAACCGUUAACGUAUCAAGUCUGGGCCGGCAUAAUCGUUUGCUCUAUUUUGUCGGUGGCCACCCAAAAAUUAAGCUACAAAUUCGACCGACACAAUCGUUGUGUCGAAUAUUCUUGGAGUUUUCCAAUUUUAUGCGCGUUUGGAGCGUUUUGCCAACAAGGAACUCAGUCAAAUCCGAAUCGCUUUUGCGGAAGGAUUGUCAUAAUUUUCACUCUAACGCUUGGUUACAUGGUGUACCAGUUUUACUCUGCCAGUUUGGUGUCUUUUCUUUUAAACGUACCGACAACCUUAAUAACGACCUUGGAAGGAUUGAUGGAGCAUAAUUUCAAGUUGGGAUGCGACGAUGUCCUUUAUAACAAGGACUAUUUAAAGUAUUCCACGGACAAUUUAACCAGAGAAAUUCACAGGAGGAUUCUAUUAAGACAUGGCAACGGAACAGGAUUUUUGAAUCCCGAGGAUGGUUUGGCUUUGGUAAAGCGUGGCCAGUACGCGUUCCAUGUAGACGUGGUUUCUGGGUAUCCGAUUAUCGAGCGUACCUACGACGAGACAACCAUCUGCGAACUGAGGGAGGUCCAGAUGUUCAGAGUUAAAGAAAUGCACGCCAAUUACCAGAAACAUUCACCAUUUAAGGACUUGAUAGAUACAUGCUUGCACCGUCUUGCUGAGAACGGCGUCCUGAACAGGGAACUGAUAUUCUGGCACCCGCGAAAACCGCAGUGCCUCAGAUCGAAAUCUACCAUCUAUAUAAAUACGGGUUUGGAAGAUUUCUACCCCGCUUUGUUUAUAUUGCUAAUCGGGAUGAUAAUGAGCCUGCAAGUGCUCGCGAUAGAACUUUUAUGGGGCCACAGAAACGCCGUGAUUAACGUUGAAUCGGUCCGCAGAGUUUUUCCGUACUUGGAUUAACAUUGACGACCCACAGCUUUUGUACAAUACAAUACAGUAUAGUAGAGCUGUUGUUACUUGUGCGUUUUAAGACGUACUAAAAUAUACAC